UCCGCCGACAGUAUUACACACAUCCAGUUUGCUCUGGCUCUUGGUGCACCAAGUUCACGGCUGAUUGUCCUGCAAAUUGUCAAGGGCAUAAUUGGCGAACGUUGAUAAAUUUCGACUCGGAUGUACAUUUAUGAGACAUGGUACACCAAUUUCAAGGCACACACACUCCAGGCUGAGGGUAUUCCGUCAAGUCACCACAAGCUUCUCUCAGUGUCUGACCUACUUUGCAAACUAAUGAGAAUCACAAGCCAUUUUCUCUUAUUAAUUACAUUAGGAUUGCCUUCCCAAGCAUUUUGGACUGCACAACCAAUAUCUAAGACUCCUAGCUGGUGUGUGAUCUGAAGGCAGGAGAUGGACGUGUCGGUCUCCUUCGGGCCAGACAGCCUGCUCCAGGUCAACAAUGGAGACCAAGGAGGCAGUCGUUGGAAACAUCCCAACGACGACUCGGAACGGAGCUCCAGCCCCUCAGUGCUGCGCUGUGUGACCAGCACAUGGAAGGAGGGCCUGCUAAACAGAAAGAGACCUUUUGUGGGCCGCUGCUGCCACUCCUGCACCCCCCAGAGCCAAGAGAGACUCUUCAACCCCAGUAUCCCUUCUCUGGGACUGCGUAAUGUGAUUUAUAUCAACGAGACCCAUACAAGGCACCGUGGCUGGCUGGCCCGCAGGCUCAGCUAUGUGCUGUUUGUCCUUGAGAGGGACGUCCAAAAGGACAUGUUUGCCAGGAACGUUGUGGACAACGUUCUCAACAACAGCAGGGUGGAGAGCGCCAUCGUAGAGGUGGCGACAGACUCGGACCCAGCGGCCAGUGAGCCUGGGCAGGAGUACAAGGCCGUCAGCAAGGUGAGGAGAAAAGCCAGAGGGUUCCUCCAGGAGAUGGUGGCCAACAUCUCACCAGCCUUCAUCAGGAUGACAGGAUGGGUGCUCCUCAAACUCUUCAACGGAUUUUUCUGGAGCAUUCAGAUUCAUAAAGGCCAGCUGGAGAUGGUUAAGAAGGCUGCGACAGAGCACAACGCUCCCCUGGUCUUCCUCCCCGUGCACAAGUCCCACAUCGACUAUCUGCUCAUCACCUUCAUCCUCUUCUGCCACAACAUCAAAGCUCCCCACAUUGCCGCCGGCAACAACCUCAACAUUCCCAUCUUCAGUACGUUGAUUCGUAAACUUGGAGGAUUCUUCAUCCGGCGAAAACUCGACGAGACAAGAGAUGGAAAGAAAGAUGUUUUGUACAGAUCCUUGCUACAUGCUUACACGGAGGAGCUGCUUCGUCAGCAGCAGUUCCUGGAGGUCUACCUGGAGGGCACGCGCUCACGCAGCGGCAAGACGUCGCCGGCGCGCGCCGGCAUGCUCUCCAUCGUGGUGGACACGCUGUGCACCGGCGCCAUCCCCGACCUGCUGGUGGUGCCCGUGGGCAUCUCCUACGACCGCAUUCUGGAGGGCAACUACAACAGCGAGCAGCUGGGAAAGCCCAAGAAGAACGAGAGUCUGUGGGGCGUGGCGUGCGGCGUGUUCCGCAUGCUGAGGAAGAACUACGGCUGCGUCCGGGUCGACUUCACCCAACCCUUCUCCCUGAAGGAGUACCUGGACACCCAGAGAAGUCGUCACGUCCCUCCCCUCCUGUCCCUGGAGCAGAGCCUGCUGCCCACCAUCAUCUCAGCUCAGCCUGACCAAGCCGUGUUUAACGCUGAGGAGGAGGAGGACGAGGAGCAGCUCAACUCCAGAGACCUGGCUGACGAGCCCUGGAGGAGACAGGUCAUCGCCAACCUGGCCAAGCACGUGCUCUUCACGGCAAACAAGUCAUCAGCGAUCAUGUCAACACACAUCGUGGCCUGUCUGCUCCUGUACCGACACAGACAGGGCGUGCCACUGUCCAAGUUGGUGGAAGACUUCUUCAACAUGAAGGAGGAGAUCCUGUCGCGGGACUUCGACCUGGGCUUCUCCGGGAACUCUGAGGACGUGGUCAUGCACGCGCUCCAUCUCCUAGGCAACUGCGUCAACGUCACCAGCACCAACCGCAACACUGAGUUCACAAUUGCCCCAAACUGCACGGUGCAAUCUCUCUUCGAGCUCAACUUUUACAGCAACGGCCUCUUCCACGUCUUUAUAGCGGACGCCAUUAUAGCAUGCAGUUCUCUGGCGCUGCAGCGUGAGCAGGCGAUGGAGGCGGAGGCGGGGCAGCAGGGCCGGCCCAACAGGCUCCUCCUCAGCCAGGAGAGGCUGAUCCGCAAGGCCGCCAGCCUCUCCCACUUCCUCACCAACGAAGUGAUGGUCGCACCGCCCUGCCAGACCAUCUACCAAGUCUUCCACGACGCUGUCUGCCGUCUGAUCCAGUAUGGAGUGCUGCAUGUAGCAGAGGAGGACCAAGAGGAGCUGAGUCCAAGCCCCACAGAGGACUGGCCUAAGAAGUUUCCGGAGCCCCUGUCCUGGAGGAGUGACGAGGAGGAUGAGGAUAGUGACUUUGGAGAGGAGCAAAGGGACCGCUACCUCAAGGUGAGCAUGUCGCCGGAGCACCAGGAGUUCUUUGUCUUCCUGCAGCAUCUGGUCAGCCCUGUGCUUGAGGCCUACAGCGGGGCGGCCAUCUUUGUCCACAGCCUGAGCCAGCCAAUGGCUGAGUCGGAAUACACACAGCAGCUCUUCCGAUACUUGCUAACUCGCACUGAGAAGGGCAUAGCCGCGUACGGUGAAAGCGCAACGCACUACCUCGUAAAGAACACAGUACGGACAUUUAAAGAACUUGGGGUCCUGAGGGAGAGGCGGGAGAAUCGCGUGUCAUAUUUGGAACUGAGCAGUACCUUCCUAUCUCAGGCCAAUCGGAACAAGCUCCUGCAGUACAUCCUUGGUUUCACCCUGCUGUGACCUCUGAUUUCCAGCUAACCUGCUGACCCUGCCCCCGGCUCCACCCACACAAGUACUCCCCUCAAGGGCUUUUACUGGCUAGUUCUAAACAAUCAGAGGUGCUACUCUUUGGAAAGCUUUACCAGGAAGUGCCUUCAUGAAAAAUCGCUAACCUUUUGUGGUUAACCAGACGAGACUUGAAGUCGGUCUUCCUUUUCCAGUCAACACCCCUCCUAACACGAAUAGAACUGCACCCCUCCAAACAUGUAUAGAACUCUGCAGCUAGUGAAAGUCAUAACUGCACAUACACGGCAAUGGGGAGAAAAAAAAUGAAGAAAAUAAUACCUCUUCAUUAACCGUCAUUGUACUUUGUGUCCUUUAUUUGCCAGUGAAAGCCCUAGAUAGGUUUUUGUUUUGUUGUUUUUUUUUGGUCUUUUAACUGUAGGUAUAACAUUUCUUAUAACUUUAACAACAGUCCAGUAAAUGAAUGUCAUAUUACCAUCAACAAAAAAGCUGCCUUUAAUAUAAGCAAGCAAAAACAAAAUGGUACUAAAAUAGAAUUGCAUUAAUACACAAUGGUCAACAGAGGUAUUUUGCUGACUAAUUUGUACCAGAAUGCUAUUAAAAGAAUUGCUCGCUUCCUUAAACGGUUACUCCAAUGAAAUACACAAAAAAUAAUGAAGCGGACGUGGGCCUAUCAGAAGCUCUGUUGUGACCUUCAAACUUUUUAUAGCUGACAGUUACUGGAACUCAAGUUUAGGAGCCACCCUGUUUUCCCUCUAGAUUUGGCAAACAGGUUGUUACCUAGAAAGUUAGGAUAAACCACUUGAACAUUUUACAUAUGUAACCGAUGCAAGUAAAAUUCAGCUCACAUUCACUACCAACUAACUCACGAUGAUAACAAUAUUACAGAUCUUGUACAAAUUAGAAAUUCUGCCAUGCUAAAGUUUGCAUGUUGAAGAAGGUGACUCAAUAUGGAAAAAAAAUUGGGAUCAGAAAAUGCUUGCGGUCAGUCUGCAUUCUAUUUCACCAGCCUAGUAUGUUCAUCUGGAGUGUUUUGUAAUUGAGUUGACUGACUAAAUUAGUGUUUUUUAUUUUAUUUUAUAGAGCAUCAAGGGUUGAUUUCCAACUCAUCUGAAUUCAUAUGCAAACAGACUCAUUUAACAUUAUUAGUUUAAAAUUGGAAGCUCUGAUAGUUCAAAUGAAACCACAGAUCCAGAAUUUGCAUUGGAAAGUACUAGAGAAUGCACUAUAUGUGGAUGUCUUUAAGGAUACCUAGUUUCACAUACAAUAGAGGUUGUGUACUACUUGGUCUAAAACAUACAGUUGUAACACAGUUUUAGUGUUGGAAAAAAAUAUAAACCAUAAACAUGACUAGCUAGCUAUACUGGAGAUCUAGGGUAGAGUAGAACAUGAAGCACUAGCAAAUUGUACUGCAUUUCUAAAUUUGUGUAACUGAAAGAGGGAUGAGAGGAGUCAUUUGGUUUAAUCAACAUCUGCAUGAAUGUCACUCUGUGGAGGACAUUUUGAAACUCAAGGUCAUGCAAUGCUGAGGUCAACACAUUAGACUAACACCAGAACAAACGGAUACGAUGGUAUGUGCGAUUGGUAUUAUAAUGAUGAACUUGAGGGUAUUUGAGGAUUUAUUUUUCCCCGAACUGUGUUUGGGGUUCAAAAUGCCACCCAUGUCCACUUCAACUUAAACGUAAACAAGCCUUUCAUAGAUUUUUGUUAUGUUGGUUUUGGAGUUUCUUACAGUGGACAAAGUCUAGAUUGGGUACCAAAUAUUUGUGUAUGUACUUAUUCAUGAGACUGUGCUGUUGAAUAUAUUUCAUAGCGUACAUUUUAGGUGUAUGGUCUCCUUCACAUGUUUAAGACCGCUGAAUAUGUUUUAGACCUGUGGUGGGGUAGAUUGAGUCGUAUGAUCUUACAGUAUAUGACUGGUAUGGACAUGAUGCUCUUCAUUAGCUAGACAAAGUGUCUGUAGGUAAAGGUCGUGGCUCGAUAGUUAUUGAACAAAGGUACAGGGUUGUAGAACCUUUAAGGUUUGAAGGUGAAGGGUGAUAUCUUCUAGUGAUUGGUUGUGGUUUACGCUUGUAAAAACUCCUGUAGAGAUCUAUGCUGCUCGAGCAAGUUGAACAGGAUAUCACUUGUCUCCUACUUCCCAUUUGUACAUCCUACCUACUGGGUAUUACACCCUCAUUUUCUACUUGGAAGUCUUUCAGUCUACAUUGACCAUGGACGUGUACGGUCUGUUUGGAAGCUUCUGGACUGCAUGUCUUGCCAGUGCUGUGGGUCUGGGAAGGUAGGAGCAGUAAGGUGUAACUUGGAUGUUGUCUUAUUCAGGUCUGGAUGCCUUCCAGACAACGUAGCCACCUCAUUGGUUCACCCUCCCAAGUGAACGAUGAUGUAAUCUGAUGGUGUGACCAACACGUAAAGUGAGAAGGGAAAGUAGGUGGAGAGUUUUGGUGUCUGAGGGAGAUUAUGGAGCAGUGGACGUUGUGUUUGACAUGUAAUGUAUCACAGCACUGCUUUGUUUAGUGGGGUCGCAUUGAUUAUGAAAGAUCACACUGAAUUUAUUGACGGUUGAGGCAAAAUGUGCAACUGUACUCAAUUGUAGACCCUGUUUUUGAGAUUGCACAUGAUUUAUAAAUGAGGUGCUCUGCAAGGGCUCUGUCACAUAUUCUUUUAUAUUGUUUCAUUUAUUUAAAUACAUUGGCGUAAAUUAACUGAGCAUUACGCUAAGGUAAAAGAGCCUAUGCAGUUUUGACCCAUAUUUAAUUUGGGGUUUUGAGGUAAAACACUGAAAUGUUGGGAUCUGUUCAAUUUAAUUUAGGAAUGAAAUUGUUGGUGAUUGGCAUUAUGUAUAAUUUGGACAAAUUAUUUAAAAUAAUUAAGGAAGAUGGCAUUGAUUCCAUGGAAUUAGACUCCAGAGGUUGAUAUUUUGCUUGUGGGAAAACAUGCAGCACCAUACUUGAGGCCUAUAAGGCAUAAAGAACUAUAAUGUGACAUCAUAAAGCAUAUGUGUUUAUAAAUGGGCAUUUCAAAACGUACUGAGGUAGGAACAUAGAAGGGAGCAUACACUUUUGUUAGCUCUUGUUCAAAAUCUCGACAAAAGAAAAUUGACACAACAUGGUAUGUUGAAGGAAAGAUUUAUGUAAGUUACAACUUGGUGCACACUAUCAAAAUCAAAACACAUUCACAAAGUUACUCGCGUUAUCUACUCUUGUCAUUUGCUGUAGCUUCUUUAAAGUAUUGAAAGCAAUACCCAGUUUCUGGAAGGUACUUAGAGGCACCCCUGAGUUACUGAGGUAGCAAUCUGAGGCUUCAAGCACUGACUGUAUCCACAGGACACCUUCACAUCAGCUGUUAAAUGUAGAAUAAAAACAAAUGCAAGUGUGUAAAUACUUAAUUUGGAGAAAAACUCAACAAAAUAACUUGAUUCUGUAGAGAACAAAGCAGAGUUUGUUACUUGAAUGUACCUUUCCCCAAAAUAGUGAGCGGUAUAUCGUAAGAUUCUCAAAGAAGCAGCGCACAAACCUUACUUAUUACUCAUCUAGACGGUAUUUGUAUCAUUGUCCUUCUUCCAUGUCUAAUUGUCUCUUUUUACAAGUGAAACAAUGCAGGCACACAUGAACUUUGCUUUGUAGCACUAAGACAAUAAAUGAAUCCUGUAUCCUCUGAACAGGAUGCCUUUUUAAUGCACUGUAGUUUCUUUUUGUUUGUGUGUGUAGGUGUUUUGCAUGUUAGCUAAGGCCCAUGUAGCAUGAUGGAUAAAACAACUAGCAGUUAGUCCAAAAGUGAUUUUCUUUCUUUGGAGAAACACUUCAGCAGACACCAGCUACUGAACAUGAUUGUCACUCUUCUUAUUUGACUCCUUCCAUAGAAUGAAAAAAAUGUCCAAGCACAGUUGUCAUGGUAUUUCUUUUUUGUUUUAAAAUAAAUUAAUGAUAGAUUAACAAUU